GAAAAAGGAGAAACAGGGAAACCAGGAAGAGAUGGAAGUGCAGGUGUUAAGGUAUUAUAAAUUUGUACUGCUUUUGAAAUGGAGGUUUUUAGUUUCUGGAUCCAUACAUGUGUAUCUCUCCAUAAAAUAUCAGUGAUCAUAUGGAGUGUAGUAAUGUCUUUUGUUUGUUUAAAUUUAGGUUGGACUAAGCAAAAUGAUCAAAAUUAUAACCAGAACAGUUAGCUUUAUUUUGAUCACACCACAGUAUAGAUUGUCUCUAUUUGUUAUUUACCAUCUUCAUCAUCAUCAUUGUCACUCCUUUGUCACAGUUUGCUUUAAUUACUUAUUGCUAUUGUUAUUAUUAUUAUGUUUUUCUUCUUUCGCAGUUCUUACCGCUCACGGCUCCGAGAAGUGCCCAGUUUCCAAGUUUUUCCUUGGAUGGGCCGGGGGGAGUCUUCAUUUAAUUUGUAGACAGCACUUUUUGUAAAGUAUGGGCUGUCCUUAGAAGACUGAUCUUUGGGAGUUCUUCCAUAUUGAUGCUCCUAGGGAUUUUUUCCACGUAUUUUCCCAGGCCCGUUUUUAGUAGGCCAAGAGCUCCAAUAUUUACAGGCACAAUUUCUGUUUUAAGGCCCCAUAUCCUAGAGAUUUCAAUCUCUAAUUCCGUAUACUUUGAAAGUCUUUCAAUCGUUUUGACAGAUGAUGAUGAUGAUGAUGAUGAUGUUGAUGAUGAUGAUGAUGACGAAGAUGAUGAUUAUUAUGCUCUCAGAGCUCUGAGGAGCUACCUGUUUCCUUGGGAGUGGCUGAGAGGAGGGGGGAGUCGUUAUUAUCUAGUUGGUAGAGAGCACUUUUCUUAAAAUGUGGCUGAUCUUCUGAAGGUCAUCGAUAUUGAUGUUUCUAGCGAUUCUGUUGACAUAUUUUCCCAGGUCCUUUGUAAGUAGUUAAAGUGCUCCUUACUAUUUCUGUUGUAGGGGAAGAAAGGAGAACCAGGAAUGGAUAAAAACAGUAAUGAUGGUGUUAAAGUAAGUGUAAGUUUCAUGAUCUUUUUUUGUCUGUAAGACAACCUUAACAACCUUAAUCAGUUCUCCAAUGUGGAUUUACCUUCAAUCAAAUACUUAUGCUUUUUUUUCUGCCAGCUAAUUUUCAGUGUCCAAAACAAAAACGAAGGCACAUGCUUUAUCCAACACAGCCACACACACCACUCAUUCAAUGUUCAUGUCCCUCACGCUUCUAAACGUUACAUUCGACCUGUUAGUUAGUAUGUCCGAGCUGGACAUUUCACAUGUGAAAUUAGAAAAUUGCCAUGGCAACCUUCCGUACGUCUCAGUGUCAAGAUGGCGACGAAGUUUUAAUAUGUCAUGAAUGAAGAUCAGCCAGGGCAUAAAAAGACGCUUUAGAAAACCUGAACACACGAAAGAGCACAUCAAGAAGGAUUCUAACAGGCAUUUUGUUGAAAAACUCUGAACUUAAGCCAAAUUUAAGCUCUAAACGUUCGAGAGAGUGGAGUUCUCGAUCGAUAGGAUCCAGGAUUAAACAUGUCAAAAACCCAAGAUUGCUAACGUAAUUCGUCACCCAUGAUAUUAAUAGGUAAUCAAAUGGUUUACUCGUGAAAUUAGGGAAUAAUUUCACUUGCGUUUUGUCCAAAUCCUAAUAAUUUCCCUUGAAAUUAUAAGCAUUUGGACAAAACGCAAGUGAAAUUAUUCCCAAAUUUCAGGAGUCACCAUUUGAUUACACAUGCAUCAAUUAAAAAAUAUUGCUAUAACUUCAGAACAUGUUCAAAUAAUGGCUUAAUCUGCAACCAUUUUAUCCUGUAAAGAAAUUCAAGCGUAGGAUAAUUUUUGAUUUGCACUAAUACGGAUACCCCAUGUAUUCCAAGAAGAAAAUAAGUUGUUUAGGUUUUCCAUGUCCCAAAUUUUAUCUUUUUAAAAAAGGGUGAGAAAGGAUCGCGUGGUGAUAAUGGACCACAAGGACAAAAGGGCAAACAGGGACCAAGGGGAAUGCCGGGAACAUGUGAUGCUAAGGUAUUCUUCUUAAGAUAUUUGAGCUUUUCUUGGUGUAGUUAUUGUUCUAUGUCUUUUUAGUCUUUUGUACGUCAUUUCGUGAUCGCACUAGUAAGCAAGACCAGGAAACUACCAUAUUUCCUACUGUGGAUUUUUACACCAUUAUAAGCUAUAUAUUCCAUGUGACAAGAACCCCUCCCGAGAGAAUUUUUCCUCUCUAAACUCUAUAAUUAUGGUACCGGGUCAACGUUCACAUGUGAGACAAGUUUGUUGUUGUCUCUCGGGGCAAUUUUCCUUCCUUCACACAAUUAAUCUGCAAAUUCAAGUUUGAUCGGGGAAAUAAGAUGGCCAAAUAACAGCGUGGUGGAUGUGUUUCUCUUUCUCUCUCUCUCUCCCUCUCCCUCUCCCCCCCUCCCUCUCUCUCCCUCUCUCUCUCUCCCUUUAUUCAUUUCAUGGUCAUUAACUCAAAUUUUUUAACCAUUAACAAGACGAAAGGUUCUAUAGGUCCAAUGUUGAAACAUUUACACCUUUCGUCUAUAGAACUGAAAUUAACGGUAGGAGAUUGUCAACCUUCUAAAUAAGAUGCUUUUGUUGUUCCUUUCUGGAUUUUAGAGCUUAUCUUCUCGUAAAUCGAGGUGUUGUUCAGCUGCCGGUGAGAACAUUUAUUGUUUUACUGUUGUCUGUGGUGUAGACUGACUUAUUUUCAUUUUUUUAAAUAAAAGUUCCUCUGAAAAAAACACAGUUGCUAGACCAGAACACUGCUCCUGUCCAGUUUAUUUUCUCCGGUUGAUUAUUUUAUUUGUUUUGCGAGAAUUAAUUUUUUUACGUCUAGGACGGGGUAGUUUUUCUAGCUCGAAAGUCGCAUUCAAAAAUGGACUGAUAAUAUUUUUAACGGUCUAAAGCCAUUUUUCGUUUUGUAUAGCGAAUUCGGUCAGUGUGAAACGCAGACUGCGGACUGCAGACUGCAGACUGCAGACCAGGGGUAAAAUGCAGACUGAGUGUAAAAUGCAGACUGCAGACUAAGAGUAAAACGCAGGCUGGGGUAAAAUGCAGACCAAGCAUAAACUGUAGUCGUGGAAGGGUGUAAGGGUAAAAAAAUCCCGCGAAUACACGUAAACGAACACUUACUUGACGACAUCUGCUUUCACAAAUCCAUUCCUUUCUUCCCUGGAACGUCGUCGACGACCCGAAAACAUAAUCGCACUCUUGAACCUUUUUUUCCGUCCGAGAGACUUCACACUUCAGCUUUAGAUACGAAGUUUUCGACACACGUGACCAGGGACCGUCAAUUGGUACAACACCACGAUGUUUUACGCUGAAAUGAAAGCUUCUGACCCAAAAUACUGUACAGGAAGAAUUAUGGCGAUAAAAAAGGGAGUGAAUCAUUCCAACAACAAAGAAAGGUGUUCUGCAGGAAAUUUGGAUAACCUUCUAUGAAAGUGUUGCAAAUCAAGGUACGCAGACUUAAGCUGUUCGGAUGUUCAUUGAAACUUCUGGCGAAUGUGAAAUGCUGGCUCACCGGCUGGCUAUUUCACCGAAUUGGAGAAGAAGGAGCACAAAUGUUUAAAAACGUCGACAGUCUUUAUUCUGCAUUUUUCACCCAGCCUGCAUUUUACUCUCAGUCUGCAGUCUGCAUUUUACACUCAGUCUGCAUUUUACCCCUGGUCCGCAGUCUGCAGUCUGCAGUCCGCAGUCUGCGUUUUACACUGACCGAUAGCGAAUUUUAUGUAUAAAUCCUCGAUAUCUACAGUGGAUUAAAAUUUUGUUCGUAACCUUUCUUUGCUGUUAGCGGAAAAAAAAACCGCACAAACCCGCAAAAAUAUAGCUCCGCACGGUAUAUCUAUUUUUUCUACGUUUUUUGAGUAAUUUCUGCUUGAAAAAGCAAUUCAUGAAGUAUAUUUUUUUAUCUUUCUGUUUUCGUUUGUGAAAAGAUUGCUCCAAUGCUUUCCACUUAUUUGAGAAAGUUCAAGAUCUACCGACCCUAGGAGCAGCAGAUGUGGAACAUUUCACGAUUAAUAGAAGCUUGUUUCUUGCUUUUGCCAACCAUCGUGGGGACAUUAAAAAUUACAAGACAGGUUCCAUGAUCUACAAGAUGAACGAAUCAACUGGAAGACUGUCUCUGUACCAGAGCCUGCAGACAAAAGGAGCUUUGGACCUAGAGUACUUUUCCAUCGCUAACAAGCAUUUUCUUGCUGUCGCUAAUCAUAUCGAUGGAACUUGCCGGCUGGAUUCUAUAGUCUAUCAAUGGAACGGAAAGCUGUUUGUUCACUUCCAGAAAUUAUCAACAAACGGAGCUGGACAGUUCAUGUAUUUCAACGUAAACGGGGAACAUUAUCUCGCAGUAGCAAACUAUCAUGACGGAAGUACCUACUCUACAAAGUCAGUUAUCUACAAAUGGAGCAGUGGCAAGUUUAACAGUUUUCAAGACAUACCAACUGAAGGUGCCUUCGGAUGUACAGCGUUUGUGAUAAACGAUGACACAUUCAUCGCUUUUGCAAACUUUUACAACUCCCAACACAAGUAUUCUGUUCAGUCCACUGUGUUCAAUUGGUCAGGAGGUCGCUUUGUUAAACUGCAGUCUCUUCAGGCUUACGGCGCGUUCGAUGUCAAGUCCUUUAACAUCAACACUCACACAUUCCUUGCCUUUGCCAACCGCCACUCUGGAAAUAAACACAGCAUCGACUCCUUCGUUUACAAGUGGAAUGGCAACAAGUUCGUCCUGUUCCAGUCCUUACCUACUCAUGGGGCUGUCGCUUGGCACCCAUUUGUGAUCAACGGUCAAACGUAUCUCGGUGUUUCUAAUCUCUAUGAUGACAGUAACAAAUACAACACUCAGUCAGUUGUGUACCAGGCCACUGGAGCGCGGUUCAUCAGGUACCAAGAGAUUCCAACACAUGGAGGGCAUGGUAUGACGUCAUUCAAGUACAAAGGUCAUACUUACCUGGCAGUGGCAAACAAUUACAAUGGUCGGAGGUUCAACAUAAACCGCGCCCUGUACAAGUGGGUAUAA